AUGGAUACUCACCAUCACACUCACUUUCUCCAUGUAAGAAACCGAAGUUAUUUCUCCUUCUUUUCCGGGGGGGAAAACUUGGAUCAUGUUGCCAUCACUAUUUGUGAGACCCUGGUUAUCACCGCUGUCUUCCUGGUGUCUGUGGCAGCCAAUGUGGGCGCUGCAGCCCUGCUUACCUGGGAACGCAGGCAUUUGGUCAACAAAACCAUUCUGACCCUCAACCUGUUUGUGGCCGACCUGCUGUUUGUCAGCAUGAUCCCGCUGAUAGUGGCCGUGCGGUGGACUGUGUCCUGGACGCUGGGGUUUACGGCCUGUCACAUCGUGCUGUAUGUGAUUUGUAUGAGCGGCUGUGUCACCAUCACCACCCUGGCCUCCAUCAGUGUGGAGAGGGUCCUGGCCAUCCUUCAGCUGCAGGCCGUGCCCACCUUAAACCGCAGGAUGGUGUCUGCCACCCUCUUUUUCAUCUGGGCCUUCUCUGCACUCGCCUGCCUUCCCCUCAGUCUGUUCUUCACCGUGAUCAAUGUGGAUUUCCCUCGGCAGAAACGUGAACACAUUUGUACUCUCAAGUGGCCUGACCCAACUGCAGAGAUUGUGUUUAACGUGACCUACACUGCCCUGUGCUUCUUUCUCCCAGGAGUCAUUAUUGUGUUCAGUUACAGCAAAAUAUUACAGAUUUAUAAAAGAAGUAAACUAAGGCUCCGACACCGAGACAGCCAGCCCCAAGUUGGAGACUCUGUCGAGUGCAAUGUCUCCCGCAAAGAUAUGAGGCUCUUUCGAACCCUUCUGGUCCUUGUGCUCUCUUUCUUGAUCAUGUGGAGCCCCAUUUUCAUCACCACCUCUCUCAUCCUGGCCAGGAACUUCCUGGGUCACCCAGAUGUCUCUUCUACCAUGUUCUUCUGGGUGGUGACGUUCACACUGGCCAACUCAGCCCUCAAUCCCAUCCUCUACUCCGUCUUCCAGUUCAAGAACCGCUGGCGCAGGUUCUGCUGCAGAUCUGUUGUAUCUCCGCUGAGAAAAGUACACCGUGGCAGUGGUCGAACGCAAGGGAUGCAUCAAUGA